AUGGCGUCGCCGAUGCCAAAUCAGUCGUAUGGCUCCUGGAACGCCAAUAAUCAACCGCAGCCCCCCCAACCAGAGCAAGAUGGCUCCGGUCUCCAGGUCAAGCCCAUGGGCCUCAAGGUCCAUUACACCUUCGACAAGGACAGCAAGAUAAACUGUCUCGCGAGAUACCCCCACCCACUCAACAUCCAGACCGCACCGAUCGACGAGAGGAGCUCCAUUGGCAUUAUCGACCUGCGCCUGUGCAUUCAGACCAUCACCGAGUGCAGCCCUGAGCUCCUCGGGCAAGAGUGCGACUACACCGUCUACGCAAUCGACUAUUCAGAGCCCGACACCCCCUUGGCUGGCCAGGGCAUGCUAUCACGAGCCAUCGAUUCGUUGCGGGGCAACAUGGGAGGCCACCCGCCCAAGAUGGUCACUGGGCGGGUAGCGAAGAAUAUGCUAGGCGUGUUUGGAAGCGGAACUCGUGAAACCUUGGAGGUCAAGCUGAAGCUUACAGAGGCUGGAAAGCGACCGCCGCCCCAAGAGGCACAUCAGCAGCCACCUCAACAGCCAACUCAACAACCACCUGAGCAAGUAAUCCAACAGCUACUUCAGCAGGCGGAAUCGCAACAGCAACACCCGUCACAGCCGCAGCAAGGGCCACCCGAGACAGCCCUUACGCCCACAGGAGCUGCCGAGUGGAACUCAUUCAUCCAAUCCAACCCUCACAUGGGUCAAUCAGGAAACUUCUCCAGAGGUGCUUCACCAGCUUUAUCUCUAGGGCCUGCACCAGUUGUGCAUGAACGACGAGACUCGUUCGCCCGUAACUCGCAGCCACCGGUAUUACAACCCGGCUUUCAGAGAAUUGCUCCCCAACCCGUCGACGGGGCAACGGCCGCUGUGAAUAUCCCCACAGCCCCAACAUCUCGACCUUCUAGUAGAGCCUCGAACUCGGGUCGAGUGAAGAAGCAACCCACAGGUCGCCCACGAGGCAGGCCGAGGAAGAAGCCGGCAGAGGGGAAUACGUCGGGAUACGAGGAUGGGACUGAGGGCGAGGAUGGCCCAACGAAGAAACGAGCGAAGACGACCAAGGCAGAGAAGUCACAACUGGACCCAUUCGGGACUGGACCUGAAUCCUUGCGGGUAGCGGCAAGUACUUCGGGGUCUAUUCGAAGCUUUCGCCCCGUUGGCAUUAACAGUGAGGGAGUACCAGGAAGUCACCUCCAAGAAGUCCCCAGAGCGCCCACGCCUGUCCCCAAAGGCCCCAUCUCCGGCCAUCAUGGCCGGAAACAGACCACCCUCAGGCGCGAGUCAACAAUGAAUCGUGAGAUAUUUGCGACUCAGCCAUCGCCCCUGGAGGAAAGACAAAGCGUUGUCUCUUUAGGCCAGGAAGAUGAGCGCUCCCCGGAGUCCACAGCGCCGACUCCAGCAUACUCCGACGACAGCCAAGCUGAUAUUGGCUCCUCCCCGCCAGUUGAACCAACCGCUUCUUUUCUUCGUUCCAGUCCUCCUCUAUCCAGCCCAGAUUUACCGCCUAUGCCAGAACCGCGUGAUGUUGAUGGCGAAAAGCUUCCUAACGAGGAAGACCUUACGGAUUUGUUUGGAGAGGAACCUAUUCAAGUCCCUCCGGUUGAGAGGGCACCAGCACAUCCGCAAAAUCGCAAGACUGGGCCCCGUAAUAAGCCCAACUCGACAGCACCAAUACAAAUCUUCCGAAUGGAAGACGGUCCCGACGGGCAAGACAUGGUCCACAUCAGAAGCUUCAAUGCCCCAGAGAUAAGUCCUGCUGUUUCUGGUCCGUCCAAUGUUUCAAAUAGUACCACAACGAAGAAGCGCGCCGCAAAGUCACGGUCACAGCCAGCUCAAAAGAAGCCACAUAUGCCAUCCCCCCCCGGGCUUGCACCUACCCCUCCUCCUACUACUGAUGGUGUUGAGAAGCCGGUCAGCCCGAUGACAACCACGUCAGUGGUUGAGAACCUUCCCUUGGUUGAUCCAAAUCCAUCAGUUUCUACCUCUCUUCCUCCUCCUAAUCAUGGGCCCCUCACAGCCUUUCGUCAACCCCCGUCAGAAAUGGAUGACGCAUUAUCAAACAUGGUGUCCCCCCAGGAACCAGUUCUCGAAAAACAACCAGAGGGUCUACUUGAGGCUCCCAAGGAGCCCAUCCGACCCAAACCCAAAGAGACGAAGGCAAAACCUCCGCCUCGUAAAUUAGCUCGAUCCCAAUCAGCCGGUCCUUUAGCCCUCCCACUUCCCGCAGUUCCUGCCAGCGAACCUGCUGGCCCCUCGUCGCUCUCUCAGUCGAUGACGGUAGAACACGAACCUGCCACUAAGAACAGGCCCUCGAACCUCCGACGAUCAACUUCCAGCGGCCCCCUAGCUCUUCCUAUACCCGCGAGUGAUCCUGUUGGCCCCUCACAUGUGUCGGUUCACAAAUCAGCAUCUUUAAUCUUUCCUGAACCAUGCCGCCUUGCAGAUCUUCCUCCUCUUCCUUCUUCGCCUACUGGUAGCAAAUCUAACAAGAAUAUUGUGAAGAAGCACGCCAUAAAGCAAAGACUCGAGGCCGCCAUCAUGAACGGCGAAAUGCCUCCUUUCUGCAGUAAUUGUGGUGCAAUUGAGACUCCCACGUGGCGAAAGAUCUGGGUCCAGGAUUUCGAUGGUGCGCCUGGCAAAAUUGACUUCUCUUCAAAGCCUGGGAAAGUCACUGCAUUAGAAAUUUUGGGCCGCGACAACGAUGACAAACCCACAUCCUAUCGGCUUAUCAAGAAAAGCCUUGGUGACGAGGAGGACAAACCUGAGUGGCAAGGACAUCUUCUUUGCAACCCUUGUGGUAUUUGGUUAGUUAAAUCACAUUCCCACAGACCGCAAGACCGAUGGGAUAAGGAUGCUUCACGUCUUGGGCAACGACGAAAGCGAGCGAAUGGGGCUGAAGGGGGAAGGUCUCGUACCAAAAAAUCACGAACGAAGAGCGAUGCCAGGCCAAACCAGACAUCCCAGGCUCCUGAGGCAGAUCUCGCAAUGUCUCAAGACAUCCCCACCGAAGUUCAGCCAACUCCUCAGGAGGAUGAUCCGACCCCAAGACCACCAGAUGAAGAUGGAAUCUUGGAUUACCAACCUCCUUGGCAUCAGAAUCAAAGCUUUGAUGAAGCGGACAUGAUCAAUGAAAUGCAGCAGUAUCUUGGCUCGACGCACUCAAGGGGCAGCGAGGGGUCCAAGACCCCAACAAAGCAUAAUAAUACAGAUGAUGGAUUGGGAGCCACCAAACGGUUACUCUUUCCAUCCCCGCGAAAAGAUGAUUCUCCCAAGGUUCUUGGUGAGGUGGACAUAAAUAUUGUCCAUAUCCACGAUGAAUCUCACCAACUUAAGGGGCUUGAGGGCGAGGAGAACCACCCCGUUGGCGGAGAGGAGACUAACAUGGAGCAAGAAGAGCUGGAGGCUUUAUUCAAAAGCCCUGCUGUGGCCCGGCCAUCAACGCCACCCCCCAGCUCCAAGGCUGCACCUCCUUCGACUCCUUUCAAGACGCCAUCCCGGGCAACACCCAGCCAUAGACCAAUUACUAGAAGUGUCUCACGGUCGAUUCGCUCGAUGCGGUCCAAGACGUCGCCGGGCGAUGUCGAACGGACCCCCACCAAAACACCAAGAAGCCGACGAAGCGAUCGUAAUUUACAGUCCGAAGGCAACUUCGGCGAAGAGCUCAAGGGCUGGGAUACACCCUGCAGCACGGCGAUCGCAAAGAUGCUUUCCGAUAGCCACGCAAUGCUCUCUGAUCCCAACUUCGGCUUCAGCGACGAGAUGGACAUUGAUUUUAGCGACCUGCCUCCGAUGGAGGCCACUCAAAACUUGGUGAAGGAUGUCAGCAACUGGCUUAGCACAGACGGGGCAAUGCCGACGUCACCGGUUAAGAACGCCCACUUCUUCGAGUACGACGGAUCAGCGGAUGUGCUCGAGCAGUGGAACCUUAUGCACGGAGCUGAACUCAAAAGCAAGAAAUAG